AUGGCUUCUUUUACUAAACGUGACUAUUCGGAGUUCCUUACGCCUUCCUUUAAUUCUAAAAAAAGUAAAACAAUUUCUGCUAAUGCUUUGAAGGAUUCAAUACCACGUAACUCAGCUUUUAAGCCUCUGAGGUUACUCAAUACCAACAUCAAACCAUGCUCAGAGAAAGAUAGUAGCUUUUCUACCGAACAAUCUGAAUUUUAUAAAGAUCCAAAAUUCAAUAAACAAAGUUUUCAAAGUGAGGUUAAACAUUCUGGUGAUGAGAAUUUUAAUUCUUCCACCUGCAGUGUACCUGUGUCGUCAGUAGUACCAAGGAAAGUAAGAUCUUUGUCCAGGCCUGGAUCGUUCUCCUCUUCUAGAAGAUAUUUGGUCAGCAGAGAAGAUUUAGUAUCUAGGGAACGUUGUUAUGAUUAUAUCAUUCAAUGUAUUGAUGAAGUAUGGGCGCGCUACUGUGACACUACUUCCUCAGCAGAAGCUAUGGUUUAUGGCAACGUGAAUGGCAUAAAUGAGCAAUUUUCCAGUCAUUAUCAUCAUUCUUCAAAGGCUUUGACCUUGUCUGAUGACGACGAAACGGAAUAUGAAGACAAUGAGAGUACUGUCUCCUUUACAGAGAGCAAGUACGAUUAUUCGGAUGGUGAAUACGAUGGCUAUAAAUCAGAAACUACAAAUGCUACUGAAUAUGAAACGGAUUCGAGCGAACAUCGUACCGUAUCAAAAUUGCCAGAUUCUAUGAAGUUAGAGUCGUUAAAGUGCAGAUUAACUAAAGCAAAAAACGAUUUAGAACAAUUUUAUGAUUCCGACAAUUAUUCAGACUGUGUAGCCUUCUGGCAACGGUGGGAUAUGAUAAAGUAUAGAGCGGUAGAAGUCAUGGAGGAAGACGACGACGAUGAAGUAGUUCAAGCUACUUUGGAAGAGUUAGAAGCAGGUCGGUGUUUUUAUGAAUAG